AGAGGCGACCCCCGACGCCGCUCUCACAAGUCGCAAACCCUUCUUUUUUUUUUUCUGUAUUUUUUAGCAUCUCGAGACCUUCGACCUGCUCUCCUCUUCGUACGGCUCUCCAUUUCGGAGAUGCCGAGUCCCUUUCUUAGGGUUUCCAGAUUUAGCACUCGUUGAAUUCUUUUUCUUGUAUAAAAGAUUAAAAUUAUGUCAUGUCCAGGCAUGCAAACUAUUUUCCGCACUCAAAUCCAUUUUUUUGAUUGAAAACCGAUAUAUCUGUCGGCAAGAGCUCAUCCUCCGAUCCGGGGCUCUGGUAACUUCGGUUUGCCUUCAAUGGCGGAUAGAGAGGACGAGGAGCUGCAGAUGGCUUUGCGCAUGAGCCUCCAUGGGUCUCCUCCAGAGGCGAAGAGGAGCAAACCACGGGACAGCGCGGAAGAGUCAGUGGAGGCUAGGCGAUUGCAGAGGGAACUUCUUGCUUCAGCUGCGGAGAAGAGAAUGAAGGCGGCAGAAAACAAGCGCGUCAUCCCGGUGCGUCCGGUGAGCGCUAUUGAAGAGGUCGUGGAGAAGAGCGUCGCCACCUCUGCCGGUUCAUCCGUGCCUAUGGAAGAAGUGGCUUCGGGGUUACCAGAUGGAAGGGUUGAAGGGCUUGGGCUCACGGAGUUGGAUGCUAGAGUGGAGCUUUCACUUGCUGAUGCUGAUCUGCUCUUCUCCAUGGUGUUUGGAAGUGACGUGUCAAAAAAUAUACUCGCCCAGUGGUGUAAUCAAGGAAUUAGGUUCAGCUCAGAUCCAGAAACAUGUAUAGGUCUGGUACAGCAUGAGGGAGGCCCCUGUGGCGUCCUGGCUACAAUCCAGGCCUUUGUCCUCAAGUAUCUUUUGUUCUUCCCAGAUGAUUUGAAUAAAUGUCAAGACAAUAGUCCUUUGCAAAGUUUAGAUUUGACGGGAUUUUGCCAAAGCUCAUGCUCUCCAAUGAAUGAUUUUACAUCUAUAACAGAAGAUAGGAAGGCAAGGGCAUUGGUUCUAGGUAUGCUUGAAAUACUAUUUUUAUGCGGAAAUUUGAAAAGGGCUGUGGUUGCAACUCUCACUGUUUCUAGUCGUCAAUCAGGUGAAAGAUCUGAAGACCGUCAGAAUAAUGAGAUGAUGACUGCAUACUUGGAAGGCCUUUCAAUUGAAUCUGCUUCAGAUUUGCAGAAAGUUUUGAGAAUUAAAACAUACAAUUUGCGCAACAUUGCUUUUCAGGAUAUUAUGUCAGAGCUCCCUGUGUUUCAAAGUCGUAUGGGGGCCUUGUUAUUCUUGAUCUCUGCUCUGCUUUCUCGAGGAUUGGAAUCCAUUCAAGCUGAUCGGGAUGAUCCUUCCCUACCUCUAGUCACAGCACCUUUUGGACAUGCCUCACAGGAAAUCGUGAAUCUGCUGCUUUGUGGGCUGGCUGUUCCAAAUGUCUUUGAUGGUAGGAUGGAUCUUGGUGGUGGCAUGUUCCUUAAAGGCAUAUCCACAAGCGUGGAGGUUGGAUUCCUCACUCUACUCGAAUCGCUCAACUUUUGCAAGGUCGGACGGCACCUUAAAUGCCCAAGAUGGCCUAUAUGGGUGGUAGGAAGCGAGUCGCACUACACCGUCCUUUUCGCUUUAGAACCAUCGGUGCAAGAAGAAAACGAGCUCGAACAGCUCGAAUCCCGAAUUAGGCGAGCAUUCGAUGCUCAAGACCAGAGUGGUGGUGGGGGCUUCAUUAGCGUUGAAGGAUUUCAACAAGUCCUAAGAGAAUGCAAUAUCAAUUUCACACCUGUGAAACUUGAAAACCUUUGCUCCUCGGGUUUCAUAGUUUGGAGUGAAUUUUUGCAGGAAUUGCUUGAGCUUGAUAAAAGCCUGGGAGGCUUAAAAGAUUCAAGUGGAUCCAUGGGGAAGAAAUUGUUUGAUCUGUAUCAUUUUAAUGGAAUUGCAAAGUCUGUGUUAAAUGGCAACGUUGGCAUGGGAGGUGAGAGCCCUCUGCAGAGGCCAAGGCUCUGUAAAUUAAGUGUUUCAGUACCGCCAAGAUGGACCCAGGAAGAGUUUCUUUCUGAUAACAGAACAAGUGAAGUGAACCAGGCGGCCGCGGCCGAGCCUUCUCAACAUGCUCCAUUGGUGGACUGCAUCAGGACCCGCUGGCCAAGAGCUGUUUGCAGCUGGAUUGGCGAUGCUCCCAGUAUAGUCUGAUGAGAUGCCUCAAAUCUGUUCAAAUAUGUUCUUGUUGCAUUAUUUUUCCUCUACUUUUAAUAAAAUUUAAUACGAGUACUGUGGUGGAAGAAUAUUUUCACUUGUUCAAUGUGUUGUUACAGGAACAAAUUGUAACAUCUAUAUUUGUUUUUCAUUUUUUUUAAAAACUCUGUGAUCUUUGUAAUGUGUUUAAUUAUUUAGAUUAUUUUUUUUCCUUCAA